UUUAUUACAACUCGUGGUUGUCACCAGCAAAAGAAAUCUGGGACCCGGAAAUGCAGAAAUGUCGUUGAUGUUUACUAUAACGCCCAGCAUAAAGAAGGCUGUGGUGUGUAUAAAUGAAUUACCAGAGUCCAAGUUUCCCUUGGUGCUCUCUAGGAUAAUACAAAAACUGCACUUAAAGGAUGAGAGGCCAUUUACUGAGGAUGAGGAGGAGAAAUUACAAAAAACUUUAGAGCUACAGGAAGCUGACCUUGAACUUGUCAUUCACACUUGUGAAUUUUUUCUGCAUCAAGCAGCAUACCACAGUGCAAAGCCCCAAGUACUCAGACAACAACUACAGCAGCUCCAACUUGAUGAUAACAAGGUAGAUGCUAUAGUGAAUACUUGGACAGGAGAUGCCAGAAAUGUUGUGGAGAAACUUCGUUCCAGGACACUUUCAGCAAAAAAGCUUGAAGAUGUCAACUGGCGGCUUAACCUUCAGAUGGGUCAACGCGACAAGAGCAAGUCACGGCAACCAAACGCCAUGCUAGAGUUAGGCAUCAAUAAUGACAAUGAUGAAAAGGAUAAAGAAAAAAUCAGGCUUGAGUUCACGCAUGAUCAACUGUAUGCCUUUUACAACCAGCUCCAGACUAUACAGAACCAAAUAGAUGGACUGAGUUGAUGUAAAUACCUACAAAGGAAAAUACUCUAUGGAUAGAAAAUAUUGAUUGAAAGACACAUUGAUUGCUGAGAAUUCAAUUAUCAAAGAAGUGAUUUGUUUCAUUGUUCAUAAUCUCUUUAUAUAAACUUGCUGCAAGUCCAAGUGUAAAUGAAUGUGUAUAUUGCACUGUGAAUAAAGGUUAUUGGACUGCGAAUAAAAGUUACUGUGUAUUGUGAACAUAAAAAUUAUUGUACUGUGAACAUAAAAAUUACUGUACUACAUGUAUGAGCAUAAAAGUAAUUGUACUGUGAACAAGUGUAUGUGAAUAUGUAUAAAAUAAAAUGCAAUAUUGUAUUAAAUCUGAA